CUCCCACUCCCCACCUUCUCCCUCUGAAAACUCUUUCUCGCCCCCCUUCGCUCGUUUAUACUGCGCGACCCUAAAACCUCUCUCUCUCUCUCUCUCUCUCUCUCUCUCUCUAAAAGCACAUUCACAACACACCUUUCAUCUGUUUCGUUUCCGGCGAUUUUACUGCUCCGAUUUUGUUUCUCGCACCAACUCUUAAGUAAGUUGAUGCUCGUGAAAUGUGGCUGUGAGUCAAUUUGGGGAGAGGGUAACUCUAAUCAUGGCUUCUAGAGCAAUUUUAAGGAAGAGGAAGGUUGUCUCCGAUUAUUUGAAUGUCUCUGCCCGCUCAAUUCAAUGUUUUCAAAGCCUGGGACAUGGGUUAUCUAGUCAGCAUGCAGAUUCUCAUGGUCUGAAGUCUGCUGCAAAUCAUUCUUCUGUUGAUAUUGACUGCAUGAAGAAAGGGGAUACAAUUUUACCUAUGAAUGAAGAUUUACUGAACUUUUCGGCAUUGGGGCUCUUUAGGCGUAAAUGCUAUGGGGAUAUGGUAUCUGGUUAUGUGACUGGGGGUUCACAAUUUGGUUCCCCAACAGGGAUGAGGUUUAUGCCACAAUCUGUACGUUAUGCGUCUACAGCAGCGGCAGGUCAACGUGAUGUGGGAAGUGAUAAUGAAGACAAUGAAGACUUGGCUGCUAAAAAGAGAAAGGAAGCAUCUCCUGAGGAAUGUGAUCAAGCAGUUGAAGGUCUGAGUUCUGCGAAAGCUAAAGCUAAAGCCAAACGAUUGCAGGAAUCUGAAAAGGUUGCUAAAUCUAUCUUGCAAAGAGUAAAGGCUAUAUUACUUGGGAUUGGUCCAGCUUUGAGAGCUGUUGCGUCAAUGAGCAGGGAAGAUUGGGCAAAGAAGCUAAUUCAUUGGAAGGAUGAAUUUAUAUCAACAUUGCAACAUUAUUGGCUAGGUUCUAAGCUACUCUGGGCUGAUGUGAGGAUCAGUUCAAGAUUGCUGCUUAAACUUGCUGGUGGGAAGAGUCUAUCCAGGAGGGAGAGGCAACAGCUAACCCGAACCACAGCUGAUAUUUUCAGGCUAGUUCCCGUUGCUGUUUUUAUCAUCAUCCCAUUCAUGGAAUUCUUGCUCCCAGUUUUCCUGAAGUUAUUUCCCAAUAUGUUGCCAUCAACGUUUCAAGAUAAAAUGAAAGAACAGGAAGCAUUAAAAAGGAGGCUAAGAGCCAGAAUAGAAUAUGCAAAAUUUCUUCAGGAAACUGUUAAAGAAAUGGCGAAGGAAGUCCAAAACUCGCGGAGUGGAGAAACUAAGAAAACAGCUGAAGAUCUUGAUGAAUUUUUGAGCAAGGUUAGAACCGGUUCCAGCGUAUCCAAUGAUGAAAUUCUGGGCUUUGCUAAGUUGUUCAAUGAUGAACUUACACUGGAUAAUAUUAGCAGGCCUCGGUUAGUAAACAUGUGCAAGUAUAUGGGAAUCAAUCCUUUUGGAACAGAUGCAUAUUUGCGUUUUAUGCUUCGAAAAAGAUUACAAUGGAUAAAGAAUGAUGACAAAAUGAUACAAGCUGAGGGUGUGGAGUCUCUUUCAGAAGCAGAACUUCGUGAAGAUUGUAGAGAGCGAGGCAUGCUUGGGUUACGUUCUGUUGAAGAAAUGCGCCAACAGCUUCGUGAUUGGUUGGAUUUAUCUCUCAAUCACUCUGUACCAUCAUCACUUCUGAUCCUUUCCAGAGCCUUCCAUGUUGCAGGAAGGAUAAGACCAGAGGAAGCUGUUGGGGCUACAUUGUCUUCACUCCCAGAUGAGGUUGUGGAUACUGUUGGUGUCACAGCUUUGCCAUCUGAAGAUUCUGUUUCAGAAAGGAGGAGAAAAUUGGAGUACCUUGAAAUGCAGGAAGAACUCAUCAAGGAGGAGGAAGAGAAAGAAGAAGUGGAGCAAGCUAGGAUGACGGAAUCUGCUACUAGUCAAGAGGACGUGGCUUUGAAAGAGAUGGCAAUUCCAACAGCGAGGGAAGCACAAGAUCAAGCUAGAGCAAGAACAAUGGAAAAACAUGAGCAGCUUUGUGAAAUCAGCCGUGCUUUGGCUGUUUUAGCUUCUGCAUCUUCAGUCAGUACUGAGCGUGAAGAGUUCCUGCGGCUAGUAAAUAAAGAGAUAGAACUCUACAAUAGCAUGGUAGAGAAAGAAGGUACAGACGAAGGCGAGGCCAUGAAAGCAUAUAGAGCAGUACGUGACGAAAGCGACCAGGAUCCUGAUGUGGCUGAACGUGAUGAGGUUUCAUCAGCACUCAUAGAUAGGGUUGAUGCUAUGCUUCAGAACCUUGAAAAGGAAAUUGAUGAUGUGGAUGCUAAAAUUGGCGACCGAUGGCGGCUACUUGACAGGGAUCAUGAUGGCAAAGUAACUGCUGAGGAGGUGGCAGCUGCAGCUAUGUACUUGAAGGAUACUUUAGGCAAGGAGGGGGUCCAAGAACUCAUUAGCAACCUUUCCAAAGACGGAGAUGGUAAGAUUCUUGUUGAAGACAUUGUGAGAUUGGGAAGUCGAGCAGAAGAAGUCGUUUCAGCUGAAGCUGGGGAGAGGUAGAUUAGGAUAGGAGGCAAUCUCUUGUGCUUCUCGUUACGACUGUCAAUAUUUUUUCAACUAUCUUUUACUAUUGUUACCCAGGGGCUAUAUUUCCUAAGUGAUAUAUAGAGAGUUUAUAGCAGUUCUUUCUAGCAGUCUUAUGAAAAACAGUGCGUUUUCUAGUGCUAUAAGAAUCAGUGGUGAAAUUGUGGUAGCAAGAUGACGUUUAUGUACACGGAGGCUCCUAGUUCUUGGCUUCAUAAUUAUUAUCUUUUGUACUUGACAUGAGAAAGUUUUGUCAAAUAUUGAUGCAUGUUUGAGUAUAA